AUGGCUAGCCCGGGACUUGAGGUCAUUGCCUCCAAGUACAACAGUACCUGGCUUGCUUUUGCCUUCCCCAAGAUAGCCCGUGGCUCGAGCAUGAAGUACUGGGUCAACAACCAUGCGCCCUUGGUGCGUAGAUGGGCGUUGGUGAUGGGUUUCGAGAAGUACAUUCGAAAUCACCCCUGCGAUGAUAGCGCAGAAGUGGUGAAGGAACUGCGCAAGGAGAGAGGGAUGAAGGAGACAGGCAACUACAGCUUGUACACCUGUAUGUGGGUUAAUGGGAGAACUGCUCAGGAUCAAACGACUCUGGAGGCUAUGGCCGAGAUUCAAGUUGAUGAGCAUAGUGGGUUCAUGGAAGCAGAGUCAGCGCAUACUCUGAUGACCAAAGAGUCAAUCUUUGUAGAUAGAUACCGAGCUUGA